AUGCAUUGCUUGGGCAUCGCUCAGAGCCUCAACUGGUCCGUGGCGUCGUGUUUUUCUGCAGCGCGCGAGGGCUCACAGUGGAAACGCACCAGCUGCAGCACACCGUUCAAGGAGACCGUGGUAGGCUGUAUAUACGUGAACACCGCUACUGUUGACUGGACCACGGCACGGCAGCAGUGCACGGCGCUUGGAUCUGACCUGUACACUGCCGACACUCACGAACAGUACGAGGCUAUGAGGAUGUACUUCUUGAGUACAAGUUCGGCUACCUGUACUGGACCCACUGGCCAGAUCGUGCAAGUCGGUCAAACCUUCAACACGGAUAGUGGACCAAGUUACCUCUGCACAGACGACGGACCAGAAAUUUUCGGUAAACGCUCCAGCUGCAGCACACCGUUCGUGGAGACCGCGGUAGGCUGCAUAUACGUGAACACCGCUACUGUUGACUGGACCACGGCGCGGCAGCAGUGCACGGCGCUUGGAGCUGACCUGUUCACUGCCGACACUCACGAACAGUACGAGGCUAUGAGGAUGUACAUCUUGAGUACAAGUUCGGCCCCUGCGGAAAUCUGGGUUGCAAUCAAGAAGGUGGGCAACACUUGGAUGUGGUCCCCCAGCGGUCGCAGUCCUGGCCCAAACUACAAAGGAGACUGGGCAUAUACGGACCCCAACGGAGCGCAGUUCAAUCAACAGUGCGCACGGAUGACGAAACAUCUCAGCUACUUUCUUGCAGACACUGGAUGCGAGUCGUUGUACUC